AUGAGUGAUAAUCAGAAUGGAGAUUCUAAUGGGACGCUUGAAGCCCGGAUUAUAACAAUUAAACUUCGCUUUUCAAAAAAAUUAGAAUUGGAUGAGGAAGUGUUAAAAAUACCUAUUUCGAUCUCAGAUACUUUAGCGGAUUUAAAACAAUCUUUGGCGAUUUUACAGCUCACUCGUAAUUUCACAAACUAUAAGAUCAUAUACCAAAAUGUGGAUAUCUUGAAUGAAUUUGAAGAACUUACUACCUUGCUGUCUGUUGCGGACCAAGUUGGGACUCAAUUGUCUGAUGAAGUGGAUAUGACAUUCGUUGAAUCUUCUUAUAAUUUGGCCCUUGUGUAUGAGCAUUUGAUUAGAUUUAGAGAGUCAGUAGGCUUACACUUUUUAGAUAGGGUUGCGCUGGAUUUUGGUGUUUUGGCUGGAACAUCGAGCUUCAAUCAGUUGGGUCUUUCUUACGUCAAAAGGAGGACCGAUAUGAUGGAUAAAGACAACGAGAAAGAUGAAAAAAAUACGGCUGAAACCCCUUUACCUCCGAUAGUCCUAUCCGAUGAAGAGAUAUCUGAGUUGAAAGAAAUCUCUAGUAAUAUAAUCUCACAAGAAUCGAUAUCCUUAAAUUCAUAUGGGCACCUUGAAUCAUUUAAUAGCAUCUUAAAGGUCCCCUUUAGACUGCUUACUAUUUCUCAAUGGUCACCUGUUCCAGCGGCAUUUAGAUUUAAAGGGGAUUUACUCUACUUAAUGUUGCAAACUUUGGAAAAUGAAACUUAUCAUAUCACUUGUCACCGUACUGGUUUUUACGUUAAUAGAUGCUCUAGCAUUAACUUUAAUAGAGAUCCAAAGUUAGACCAAAAAUCUGCCAUGCUUGAGAAUUAUACCCUUUAUGGUUUAAUUAAUAAGUUGUCUUCCUCAUUCUCGAACGUCAUCAGGGAAAACGAACUGAAUUUGGCGGACUCGUCACUCUAUCCAGAGACAUACUUAUUGCCAACAAACUCUUUCGUGUCCAAUCCUUGGCUAGUGAGUCAAGUGGAAGCCAAUUUGCCUGAUUUCUCCAGAUCACAAUUACCUUUGAUUUCUAACGGUGUUGACGGUGAGGGUUAUAUUAAAGAGUGGAAUGAGGACAUUCAAUCCAUCAGAGAAUUACCAAAGAAUACAGUAGAGGAAAGAAUUUUGAGAGAAAAAUUGCUUAGCAAAUCUUUGUAUGAGUUUAACAAGAUUGCUACUAAAACAGCGAUCAAUAUCAUCGAAGGAAAUUUUGCACCGAUGAAUCCUAAUGAUCCGGAGAAUCAGCAUAUCUUUUUAAGGAAUGGAAUCUUUUACUCGUUUCCAUCCAAUUCAUCUGGUGCAUUUGAUUCGUCCGGUGGUGCUGCUGCCGCCAGAUACACCUCAAGCAAAGAUUUAAGUGCCAUCAGGAUUUUAAAUAGACUCGAUAUAAGUGGUGUAUCUCGUUUAAUCACCUGUGUCGUCGACUUCUUAGGUAAGAGGGUCAUCUGUCAGGCACCUGUUCCCGGAAUAUUGUCCAACACUGCAGAUGAUACAUCUGAGAAAGUUUCAUAUGGAUUGAUGACUGAUGGUGUUGGUAUAGCUAAUGAUUCCUCCUUUGUCGACGGUAUGAAGUCAGUUGCUGAGGUAUUUCAUUUAUCUCCUCAUAAAGUACAAACGUCUAAUGAGGUGGUUGAACUUUUGACUUCGAAGGAUACCAAAGGUAUCAUUGGUUCUGACCAACGAAGAUAUGUGAUGGAUCUCUUUAGAACUGCACCCUUGGAUAUCGAGUUUAUUGAAGCCCAUUGGAAAGAAGGAACUGAGAACUCUUAUCCUCAUAGAGAGACUCUUGUGAGACAUGAAGCUGUUGAGGAAUGGUGGAAGCGUAGAGCAUCUGUAUUAUUUAAGGAAGAGAGUGAAAGGCUCGAGAAGGAGGGUAAAGCGGUUGAGCUAAAAGAAGGUGAGAGGCCAAGUAUCGGUUUGCCAGUAGAUCACAUUUCCUUCAAUCCAGAUGCUUUCACUGGCAUUGAAACUUCCAAGGAGGAUGAACUGGUUGUGAGGGAGAUCUCAAAAUUCGUAAAAGACAAUUUGAUUGAUGAGUUCUUGAACGAAUUUCCUUCUCAGUUAGCACCUUUUGAUGGUGCCCAUUUGUCCCUGACUUUACAUAAGUAUGGUAUUAAUCUAAGAUAUUUGGGUCUUAUUGCCACUAGCGCGCUAGAAAGAAAAAAUAAGGAAGAGGCAGCUUUGAAGGAUACCAUUGCGAAAAAUGAUGCCUUGUUAGUUCAGGAGGCAGAAAACCCUGUUGAUAAAAAGGAGGGGAAUGAAUCUUCAAAGAAAUCCUCUGAAGAACUGAACGGCAUGGACAAAGAAGAAAACUCAAAAGCUAAUUUUGAACCAGUAGUCUCUAACUACGACGCUUUAUACAAGUUGUCUGUUCAAGAAAUGAUUUCCAGGGCCGUCAAACAUUUAUUACGCGAAUUAACCAUUAAGGUGCCAUUUGAUUUGAUCCCUAAUCUUAUUGUACAUUUCCAUAACUGUCUUUUAGGAUCUGAUAUCAAUCCAGUGCCUGAAGCUGAAUUUGAUCAUGGUUUCGAAACAACUGAAUCCGAGGCUCUGCAUUUUGCAACCUUAACAAGUGAAAAGAUAUUUUCUAUGUUGGCUUCUGAAGUUUUUAUCCGUUUCAGGUUUCUUUUGCCUAGUGAUUGGCUUUAUCAUAUAGUAGAGCCAUUACAACUAUUCCGUGAGAUUGCCUUGAAAUUCGGGAUUCAAUGGAAGAGUCAGAAUUAUCACUUCACUAAGGAACAAUUUAAUGCAGCCGAGCCUAUAGAAAAAGAAGAGCCUAAAACAAUAUCUAAGAAGAACAAGAAAGGUAACAGUCAAGUAAUGGAGAAGAGAGUAAAGCGAAAGACCACUUUUUUGGUAGAUGAUUUGAUAAAUUUCACCCCACUUAUCAAAAAAUCAACUUAUAGAGCCACAAUCGUCGAUGACAUUUUCGAAUCUGCGAAAAUGUUUAUUGUAAAAGGCGAGAAAGAUCUUGGUGUAUCAUACUUAAACGACUUGGCUGCGAUUUACGAACAAAUCUAUGGUCGCGUUGAUGCCGAAACUGCUGACUAUUAUAUAACCGUCUCGCAGAUGUAUGCCGAACUUGGUAUGACGUCGGAGGCCUGUGAUUUCGCGAGAAGGGCUGUGAUCUUGAAUGAAAGGGUUAAUGGUUUUGACUCUUAUGAAGCUAUCUCGACAUAUAUUAACGCUGCUUACUACGAAUUUCUUAAUCAAGAUUUAAUUAGCUCAUUUAAGUUGUACAAUAAGGCAAUAACGAAAUGGACAUUGGUCUACGGUGAAGAUCAUCCUUCUUUCGUUACAACUUUGACAAAUUUGGCUGGGAUGUUGCUGGAAAUGAAGUUGCACAGUAAUGCCCUCAAAGUAUUAGAGAAAGCUUUGGAGAUAUCUAAGCGAAUAAAUGGAAGAGAUUCCCAACUCACGGGAUUAAUCUUCUAUAGAAUAGGUACAACAUUGACUAGUUUGAGUAAAUUUAAGGAUGCUAGGGAAUCGUUAAAAGCUUCAAACGAAAUUUUUACUAGAGUAGUGGGUCCGGAAGAUUUCUUUUCUAGAGAAUCUUCUAAAUAUGUAAGCAACCUUACGACCUACUUAAACUAUAUGGCGUACGAAGAGCAAAAGAAAAAAGCAAAUCAGCAAUUACAUAGUAAUUCAAAAACUAAGACAAAGGGAGCAUCUAAGACAUCUUCGAAAACUAAGAAUAACAGAAAGGGUACUACUGUUCAACUGGAUCCUGAGAUAGCUUCGAAAUCCAUCGAAGAAAUUUUAGCGUUCAUUGAAAACAAGACUCCUUCUAAAACUAAAAAAUGA